GUGCGGGGUUAGCGUGCCUGAGCGGCGUUCGGCGACCGAACGCCGAAGUCCGUCCUUCCUUCCUUCCUUCCUGUGAUCUCAGCCCACCGCAUAGGUACCGCCCGACGGGGGAGAUUGUGAGGGUGCAUCCUUGCAUAUACGCAAUAAAAAUGGCAGAAGUGUCUCCUGACCCUUCUGAGAAACUGGUCGUCAUCCACUCCAAAACUCACAAACAUACCAUUUUAGCUAACUUUGAAGAACAAAGGAAGAAAGAUUUUCUUUGUGACAUUACUCUAAUAGUGGAGAAUGUGCAGUUCAGAGCCCAUAAAGCUUUGCUCGCUGCCAGCAGUGAAUACUUUUCAAUGAUGUUUGUAGAUGAGGGCGACAUAGGGCAGUCGAUUUACAUGCUGGAAGGAAUGGUUGCUGAUGCCUUUGGAGCACUGCUGGAAUUUAUUUACACGGGUUAUAUCCAUGCCACUGAGAAAAGCUCGGAACAGAUUAUAGCUACUGCACAGCUCCUGAAGGUGAAUGAUUUGCUGAGGGCCUACAAUGAGUACCAGGUCAGCCGCCCCGGGGACACACUGCCAAUCCCUUCCAACAGCAGCACCUCUGUAGCACUUACUGCAGGCGACAAGAAGAGUGAAGAGCUGCCCAAGCGUAAACGGGGGCGACCAAGGAAGAUCAAUAUUGUCCAAGAGGAAAAACCAGGAACAAAUUUUGCUGAAGAUGUGCAGCUGAGGGAGAAUAACUCCAUGCAAAAUAAGCAAAAUUUUAUGAAAAAAGACAUGGCAGCAGAAGGAAUAGUUGUCAGCGAACAGGAUCCAGCAAGGAAAGACGCAGAAGAAACAGAACCUGCUGGUGGAUCAGAAGCUGCUGCCAAUCUGUCAGCUGAGAAAGAUGAGAAUUGUGAUCCCAGGUCGGAAGGAAUGCAGAGUGCUCAGAGCCGUUACAGCAAACGUAGGCUAAGGAGGUCAAUCAAACUAAAAGAUUAUAAACUUCUUGGUGAAGAGGACGAAAAAGGACUGGCAAAGAGAACUGAUGGAAAAAGAAAACGUACGGGUUCUGAGGCUCGUUGUAAAGACUGUGGCAAAGUAUUUAAAUAUAAUCACUUUUUAGCUAUUCAUCAGAGAAGUCAUACAGGAGAGCGCCCUUACAAGUGCAGUGAAUGUGGCAAAGGCUUUUCCCAGAAGCAUUCUCUUCAGGUCCAUGAGCGGAUGCACACGGGAGAGCGGCCAUACACGUGCACUGUGUGCAAUAAGGCUCUGACAACAAAGCAUUCUCUUCUGGAACACAUGAGCCUACAUACAGGGCAAAAGUCUUUUACAUGUGAUCAGUGUGGGAAAUACUUCAGCCAAAAGAGACAGCUCAAGAGCCAUUAUCGAGUACACACAGGCCGUUCAUUGCCGGAAUGCAACCAGUGUCAUCGCAAAUUCAUGGAUGCAGCUCAGUUAAAGAAACAUCUAAGAACACAUACAGGUGAGAAGCCUUUCACUUGUGAAAUUUGUGGCAAGUCAUUCACAGCUAAAAGUUCUCUUCAGACUCACAUUAGAAUUCACAGGGGAGAAAAGCCAUAUUCUUGUGGGAUAUGUGGAAAAUCUUUCUCUGAUUCCAGUGCUAAGAGAAGACACUGCAUCUUACACACAGGCAAAAAGCCUUUUUCUUGCUCAGAAUGUAGUUUGCAGUUUGCUCGUCUGGACAACCUGAAGUCUCACUUGAAAAUUCAUAGCAAGGAGAAGCAGUUUCAAGAAGCCAGCACUGCUCCAAGCACCAACACUAAUUCAGAGGAAGUGAGAAAUAUUCUUCAGCUGCAGCAGUAUCAACUUGCCACCUCUGGAGGGCAGGAAAUUCAACUGCUGGUUGCAGAUGCAGUGCAUAAUAUAAACUUCAUGCCUAGUCAUAAUCAAGGCAUUAGUAUUGUUGCUGCAGAAAGUGCCCCAAAUAUGGCAACAGGGCAGGCUACUAACCUCACGCUGCUUGCUCAGCCACCACAGCAGCUGCAAAACUUGUUGCUUUCAGCUCAGCAGGAGCAAGUGGAACAAAUCCAAAACAUCAGUGUGAUGGCAAACCAAAUAGAGACUGCUCAGCCUGAACAAAUGCACGUCAUCACCCUUUCCAAGGAAGCACUAGAACAUCUCCAUGCUCAUCAAGGGCAAAAUGGAGAAAUUCAUUUAGCAGGAUCUUCCCAUCCAGAUUAGCACAUGCAGCUGGCUCAGGAAUCAAGUCAAUCGUCUCACUCUAGCCAAGAUACAGUUCCUUCUCACUGAAUUAGUGAAGAAUAGAAUUAAAAUGUACAUAUUUCUGAAUCCUGCCAGGAGUCUGUGUCAGUACAUAAGUCAGCUCAUGAGCAUCUGUAUGGGAACUGUUGAGUCAUGGCCUGAACCACUGAUUAAUCACCUGAGGCAAGGACUGGAUCAGCCUUGGAGCACAGGUGAAGGCAAUUCAGCUGUGUGACCGGAAGGGGUGGAGUCUGGUUCCAGCCCUCCUAGACCCCAUUUAAGGGCUGACUAACACUUUUCAGCAGCAUAAUCUUAUCUGAACAUACCUUGGUGAUUUUUGGUGGGUGACUUUCCAUUUCCUUGAUCUUAUUUAUUUUAGACUUUUUUAUUGUUAUAUUGUUGGUAUUUCUCCACCAUUUAGUCCAUACCUCACUAGCAAUUAAAGCUUUUUCUUUUUUCCUGUGCCUCACACAAAUCCAUGGCUCCUUAGCAGCUACUUGGCCUCUUAUUUGCAUUUCCAUGUGAUGUUCUAGGGAUUUGUACCUUGCUGGCUGAAAAACAGUGUUAAGAUGUCAGCUGAUCAGAAACUAUAACUUCUCUGAUGGAGUCGAUAGUACCUGAAUUACUGUCAAGCUUAAGAUAAUGAGUACUAUUUGCAAAGAUAACGCCUUAUAUCUUACAUCUAAUGAACUUUCUCUUUGUGAGUUAAUGUAUAACUUUCUCUGUGACCAUCCUCUUAAGUGCAUUUUGAUUUAUUGAAUACCAAAUUUGAGUUGAAAUUA